AUGCGACCCUAUAUUGAGGUGGCGUCUCUCGGCGUGACCACCUUCACCCUCUGUGCGCUCUGCAUCGACCGUUUCCGUGCCGCGACCAACGUCCAGAUGUACUACGAGAUGAUCGAGAACUGCACCUCCACCGCCGCCAAGCUGGCCGUCAUCUGGAUCGGCGCCUUACUCCUCGCCCUCCCCGAGCUCCUGAUCCGCCAGCUGGUGUCUGAAAACGGCGACGGCACGCUAGACGACCCGGCGUCUGAACGCUGCCUGAUUCGCAUCUCCACUUCCCUCCCCGACACGCUGUACGUCCUGGGCCUGACCUACGAAGGUGCGCGUCUCUGGUGGUGCUUCGGUUGCUACUUCUGCCUGCCGACGCUCUUCACCAUCGGCAGCUCGGUGGCGACCGCCCGGCGCAUCCGUCGUGCUGAACGCGGCUGCGCCAGAGGCAACAAGAAGCAAAUCCGCUUGGAAAGCCAAAUGAACUGCACCGUGGUCGCACUGGCGAUCGUAUACGGCGCAUGCAUGGUUCCCGAUAAUGUGUGCAACAUGGUUUCGGCCUACAUGGCGGCCGGGGUCCCGCAGAGCACCAUGGCGCUGUUGCAUCUGCUCAGUCAGCUGCUGCUGUUCCUGCGCGCGGCCGUUACGCCGGUGCUGCUGCUGUGCCUCUGCAGACCCUUCGGCCGUGCCUUUCUGGAGUGUUGCUGCUGCUGUUGUGCAGACGCGUGUGGGAUCGCAGUCCACUCUUCGGCCACAGGCAGCGACGACAACGAGCACGAGUGCACGACAGAACUGGAGCUGUCGCCGUUCAGCACUAUACGCCGAGAGAUGUCCAACUACACAGCUACUGGAUCCCACUGCUGAGUGAACGUGUGUGGAUUCCAGUGCCUACUGUACUGUACUGUACUGUACAAGCACAUGCUUUUGUCUUACUGUGUAAAUACUUUGACCACAACCGGUAUGUUGCUCUUUUAAAGAAGGUAAUGUAGACUGAAAAUUA